AUGCUGAUAGCGGACGGGCGUGGUGCGCGGGUGUUGCAGCUGAACCAGCAGGCGCAGGCCGAGUCGGAGCAGCAGCAGCAGCUGAGCCAGCAGCAGCAGCAGCAGCUCAACGGCUUCAUCGAGAGCAGCCCCAUCUACGUGACGUCGCUGCAGUCGCAGGCGGGCAGCGGCGCGCUGAGCAACGGCCACGCCCCCCAGCCGCCGGCGCAGUCGCAGUCCGAGGACUCUGGAGACACGCUGGAGCUCAAGCAGGACCUGAGCGACGACCAGGAGCACGACCGCGACCAGCCGCCGGCCGCCAACACGACCGUCACCACGGCCAUCGUGGAGGCGCCCGCGCACGAGCAGCUCAUCGACAACAACGCCGGCUCCAGGUGCGUGGGGGCGGCGGAGCGUGCGACAAGUGCGUGCCGAGCAGAGCAGAGCAGGCAGGCCGCCUCCGCUGCUGCCGCCAGCCCGGGCGUCCCGCUCCGGCUGCAGGGAGUCGUGCUGUCAAGAAGGCACCAGGCUUUGGAGGGAAAUGUAGGGUGA